AUGGCAUCGGAGAUUGUGGAGAGGAAACGAUGCGACGGGAUGAGGAGGAGGUGGAGAGGUAUCUUGACAAUUCCCGUUCAGAGCUUGUAUACUGGGAAAGGCAUCCGACCAAAAAGUGGACAGCCGUUGAUACAAGCAGAGUGGCUCGCGUCCAAGAGUGACCUGCUUGCGAAAGCAAUGCUGGAGGCUGAGUUGCUGUUUGUCGCGUUCCAAUUCUUUGCAACUCAGCUUCACAUCAUCGCUGUGAGCUCUGCAGUGCGGGAGCGAGAGAACUUACUCGUCGGAAGCAUGAAGCCCAAGACUGACACCGUUGCCAUCGCGACAAACCAGUACCAGCGCAGGAGCACUGAGCUCCGACAGCAGUCGAUGAGGGAUUGGGACAUCGUCACCCCGCCAGGCUCGCCGACUCACAUGCACGAAUUCUGUGAACUCGCUCAGAUCUCCCUCCGGCAUGACGUCGACAAGUUCCCUCUGCUCCCUCCUGCUGCUCCGAGCCAGCAGGUGGCACCGUUCCGCGGGCAAGGAGAGAAGGCCUGUACCAUCAGGUUGCGUCAGUUCGACGAGAUGGAGCACCAGCGGGUCGGGACUCCGCUGUCGAACUCGUGA